ACGGAGGGAGGAGCGGCGGCCGCGGUAUUUUUGUUGAUUUCCUAUCCUCGUCGUGACAGCCGAACGACACGGGCGAACCGCAUUACUUGCACGCAGAAAUGAGCAGCGUGCGGAACAUGAGCUGAAAACACGCAAGUGGCACUGGGAGAAGUACGGGAGAAGGCCGAUUUGACAGACGGUUUGGAGCCCAGCGUGUCUUUCCGAGUCUGCGUUACUGUACACUCGCGGUGGAUACGGACACUCACACACUGCGUGGACAUUUCUCGUCUUGCGCUGAAAGAAAGCAAACCUGGGGCUGAGCUGAGAGAGAGGGGCGCGACAAAGCAAACUGAGCAGUGCGCGAAGACCAGCUAAAACAGUCAUCAUCAUGUGGCAUCAUAAGACAAGUCAUGCGUGUUGAUUGGGUGUGGCAGCGCCAAAGCUGCACAGAAGAGGCACUGCCGGCAGUAGCCAGCAGUGCCCAUGAGCAGGCAGCUUGUGAAUCAUUGACCAGACAGGACAGGACACUAGUAUUUAUUUUUUCCACAUCCCUUAACACAAGACAAAGGCUCAGUGUCCACUCUUCUGAUGUCACUGAUGUGGGUUUCCAUGAUAACCUUGGGUGCUGCAACCUUCUAAUGGCUGACUGACUGAUCAUAACCUGCGAAUGCCAACUGUGCAUCCGAGGGUGGGGCCCGCCUUGGUCUCGAAAGAUUGGCUGCUGGAUGGAACUGAGGUGAAUGGAACACAUGCACAAAGAGCAAGACCCUAACAUCUCAGAGGGCGAAGAGAAAAGGUGGCUCGAUUGCCCGAAGAGGAAGAGGAAAAACAGCCAAUGUUCAGUGAAGAGUAUGUCUGUGCUGAGCCUCUCUGUUCCAGGGUACAUCCCCAGCUACCUGGAGAAGGAUGAGCCCUGUGUGGUGUGUGGAGACAAGGCCACUGGAUACCACUACCGAUGCAUCACCUGUGAGGGCUGCAAGGGUUUCUUCCGACGUACUAUCCAGAAAAACCUCCACCCCUCUUACUCCUGCAAGUAUGACAGCUGCUGCAUCAUUGACAAGAUCACUCGCAAUCAGUGCCAGCUGUGUCGCUUCAAGAAGUGCAUUGCUGUGGGCAUGGCCAUGGACUUGGUUCUGGACGAAUCAAAGAGGGUGGCCAAGCGACGUCUGAUCGAGGAGAACCGAGAGCGGCGGAAGAAGGAGGAGAUGGUGAAGACCUUGCAGAACCGGCCUGAGCCCACAAGCUCUGAGUGGGAGCUUAUCCGCAUGGUGACUGACGCCCAUCGCCAUACGAAUGCCCAGGGUUCCCACUGGAAACAGAAGCGCAAGUUCCUGCCAGAAGACAUUGGCCAGUCUCCAGUGGCACCCACAUCAGAUGGGGACAAGGUGGACCUGGAGGCAUUUAGCGAGUUCACCAAGAUCAUCACUCCUGCCAUCACCCGUGUGGUUGACUUUGCCAAAAAACUACCUAUGUUCUCUGAGCUGCCUUGUGAAGAUCAGAUCAUCCUGCUGAAGGGCUGCUGCAUGGAGAUCAUGUCACUGAGGGCAGCUGUGCGUUAUGACCCUGAGAGCGAGACGCUCACUCUGAGCGGAGAGAUGGCCGUCAAGCGAGAGCAGCUGAAGAAUGGUGGUCUGGGAGUGGUGUCAGAUGCCAUCUUCGACCUGGGAAAGAGCCUGGCACAGUUCAAUCUGGACGACACGGAGGUGGCACUAUUACAAGCUGUGCUGCUCAUGAGCUCUGACCGCUCUGGCCUCACCUGCGUAGAGAAGAUAGAGAAGUGCCAGGAGAUGUACCUGCUGGCCUUUGAACACUACAUCAACUACCGGAAGCACAACAUUCCCCAUUUCUGGCCAAAGCUGCUGAUGAAGGUGACGGACCUGCGCAUGAUUGGGGCCUGCCACGCCAGUCGUUUCCUGCACAUGAAGGUGGAAUGUCCUACCGAACUGUUUCCCCCAUUAUUCCUGGAGGUUUUCGAGGACCAGGAGGUCUGAUCUGGGGCAAUGGGGGGGUGGGAAGGUGCUGGAGGAAGGGCUGUGGUUUGGGGUGGGGGGGGUUGGGUUGCUAGGACCCCUUGAACAUCAGAUGUCAGAACACACCAGCAGCAGAGCUCUUCAAAGGAAAAAAUAAAAACUUUUCCCUUUUUGCUUUCAAAUAAAUCAGGUGGCCCUUCUGUCUUAAUCUUCAAGUAGGUAUCAGACACAUACUUAGCUGUAAACACACAUACAGAUGUGUUCACACUCCAUUCUGUUGGUGGUUGACGUCGUGCCUGCACCCACUUCCUUGUGUACCUCAUUAAGACCCUGCAGUGGUCAUUGCAGCUAGGCCCGUACUUCAUGUGCCAUUUCCCACACUAGUUGCACUUUCAUUUUAUUCUGGGUUUCAGUGAAUUUUCAGUGAGUUUCCACAUCCACAGUAUUUUGAAACAGAAACAAAUCCGCACGUCCCACCCACAUGCAUGGAUACACAGAAGCCCUCUACUGUGUAUGUUCUUUAGGGGAAGCAGCUGUACCCUCUCUCUUGCUUUACAUGAGGUUAUGUGGGACACAAGGCUGUUUUAAGACAGGUUCAAAGCUGUUUUUACAAAAAGCUUUCCAAAAAGUAUUUAGUAUUGACUUUGCAAUACAUUUUCUACCCAUCAGUCCCUGGAUCUGGGAUAGGAAAACCACGGAUGAGUUACCCUGUUUUGUAAAGGAAAUGAACCCAUCACACGUUCAACAUUUGCCUGUCUCCAGUUGAUGUCCCCUCGCUGUGCAAAAUCACCUUUCCAUUUCAUUGUACUGCAUUUGCAAGCAUCAGACCCUCUCACAAAUCCCAGCUGAUCCCUUCCCUUCCACUGAAAGGAUACGGCAGUAUAAGUGGAAUGGGUGUCAAGGCCUCCAAUUUCUCUGUAAGAGCAACGAGAGGCAGAAAGACUGACACCCCAUAGCAUGAUCCUGUGCCCUGCAUGCAGUUGUCCUGGAAACAGCAGAUCUCUUUUGGUAGAUAGACACCUAUUCACUCACCCAUAAUCUUGGGCAAUUCCAAUGUGGAACAGUGCAUUUUAGAGUGUCCAGUGCCGCACGUCCUGAUCAUGAUAGAGUACAGGUGAGCAGGACAUUUGGGGAGAAAAGUUUGUGUUUAUAAUGUGGAAUCUUCUUGUUUACUUCAAGUUUUGUGUUUUAUAUCGAUGGAAAUCCAAUAAGAGGGUUGGGAGAAAGGCUGUAUUUUAAGCAUACCCCUCAGCAUUUUUCUUCUGACAGGAAUAGAAUGAGUGUGAUGGCUUUCAUUUACCACGGUGUGGGCACUCAGGCUGCGGUCCUGCCCCUUUACAGACAGACUAUCUCAUCUCUGGUCACAGAACAGUUGCCCACAGCCUCUGUUCCCUCUUAAAAUGAAAUACACACCAGGGCAUACCAAUACUCAUUACAGUUACUCAUGACAACUACUUGUGCAUUUACACAGUGCUGUCUGCAGUCAGCCAGUGUUUCAUAAAAUCAGCACAUAAUACCACUGAAGACAGGAGGGUCCUUGAUUUAGGUUUUUUGUAACAUUUUUCUUUCCAUUUCUUAGCCUUAUUUCGGUGAGAUAAAGUGAUGUCAAUUUAUUUUUAUUGAAAUGUAUAAAGUGGGACCAAGUGUCACUUUGGAAUCCCGUUCUGUAGAAAUGGAAAAGAAAACGGAGGAGCGGUGACACAGAGCUUUGGGAGCUGUCAGCCACUUUGAAGAGUCAUAGAAAGGACGUAGACGCACAAAACUGGAACCUUGAAAGGGCCAAGCCUUGUCCAGUCUGUCUGGGGCAGGGAUUAAAGCAUUGUUUUAGAGGAGAAAACAAAAAAGAUAACCUCAUUAAGUGCUAUGCAGUUAGCAGUAAAAUGAAUGGCAUGAGGAGAAAGAUGUCUAAUAUUAACGGUCAGGAGAGGAGAGAGCUGGAAGACUGAUUGUGGAAAGCAGUUCCACAUAUCCAGUUGAACAAGCUGGGGCUCAUUCACUGGGUAUGAAACAAAAGUGGACACAGCAACUGAGAUCAGGGCCUUUCCAAAGGAGAUUGCUGGCCCUUCUGUACCCCGUUCCUUGCUGUCCUUCACUCUGCUUGCUGCUCCAUCCAAUUAGAGCUCUACAUCUUAUCAGGAACUGGAUCCAGUCUCACUUCCCAUUUCCUGUCCACUUGCCCAGCCACCUGCAUCAUUCUUUUGGGUGUCUGCAGGAAAGCAGUGGCAGCCCCCCACCAAACCACACCCCAUGAUCCAUGCUCUCCCAAAGACUAGUCCAUUCUGUUAAACAGAAGUUUGUGCAUGAGCAAAUUCAACCCACCCAGUUGCACUGUCAGUAUUAAAAACACAUUUUCUUAAGUGUUCUCAUUUUCCUCAAAGCUAAAAACCUAAAGGUGGUGUGCAGACAAUUUGUCUGUUUCCCUUAAAUUUCGGCAGUGAGCUCUUUCACAUGGGGCCUUAGGCAGGUGCGUGACAGCUUGGAAUUGCCAAAGGGCAAAGUCCUCCCUCCUGUUAGACGAGACCAGCUAGCUCGAUUCGCACAAAGACUAUAGACUGGACACACAGACAGCCUCCAUUGGAGGGAAAGAAGAAGGUAUCUGCCCCAUCUUCUUUUAAAAUCAGGCAGGGAGAAUCAGAGUAUUUGGAUGUAAUUUUAGUGGCUUGGUGGCAAGGAAAGGCACGCAAAAGGCCGGUGCAAAUGAUGGUACAGACAGAUGUGCACAGUUCUCAAAGAAGACCCCUCAACCCUGCCUUGCAGUUAAAUGUAUUCAAUCAGCAUGUGGCACUUAGGAUGUGAUCCCUGCGGAACAUGCUAGUGUAGCAGGCCAACGUGGCCUCACUAUUAGCUGAAGUAACCACCUCCACAGAGUCUACGUCAUUAGCUAGAGUAGAAGGACACCUCAGUCUCCCCUCCACCUUCUGCUCCUGAUCCGUCCUCUGGACAGAAGGCGAGAUUCAGCCUGUUGUCGUUGAGCGAGAAAGGAAAGAAAUUUCAUUCCAUCGAUGUGGGUACAGAACUUCUUUUGGGGCUUUGAAAUAGGAAAUGAAAAAGAGUUUAAAGAAGAAGAAAAAGGAAAAAAAAAAAAGACGCCCGAUUGGUGCUUUUGUGAGCUGACUGGGUGUGGCAUAUGACACCAGGGGUUACAAUGCUGCUUUACCUUACAGAUCUAAUUUUAUUUUAUUUGAAAAAAUAUAAUGAAAGAUAUAAAAA